CGGUGACUGAUUAAAAAAAAAAAGUUGAGGUAAACUAUAUAAGAUCUAGAUCUACGAACUAGACUAUACUCUAUAGAUUUAGAUCUAAAUCUACAUCUAAAGCUGACACCAAAGAAAAUCUUAGUUUCUCCUGGAAAUAAUUCUUCAUGGGAGAUUUAAGCUUAUGAUCCUGUAUUAAAAAUGUCAACAGCAAUGGAUGAAAGAUUGAAGUGGUUAGAGUUAAGAAUCAACUCUUCUUUGAAACUUCGCAAUGAAGACUUGAAGAGUGUUUUAAGCAAUGAUGAUAACAGGCUAGCAUUUUAUGAGUUUGUUAACAAUGAAGAUAUCAAAAAGUUAUUUGUGUACAAAAGUCAUGGGAAACAAAUUACUGCCUCAUUGCAGCCGCCAUCAGAGAUACACAGCAAAUCUAUUUUCUUCUUGAAGUGCAAUCCUGGGACCAAGCUUACUAAAGAUAACAUAGAAAAUGAAGUAUUUUACAUGGACUGCAGCCGUGCUCCCUUGGAACAUUUAGAGUUGACCAUCAGAGAAGUCUUUUUACCACUUUUAGCAACUAAUUCACAAAUUGUUUCCACUUCUUCUGGAAAUGGAGAUAAAAUAAUGGACAUUUUACACAGGCUAAUGGCAGCAGCAGAAGUCACUCAAGGACAUAUGCAAGGAGUAACAGUGCUGCAUCUUCCUGCUAUUGAAGUCCUAGCUGAGGCUGCUGGCUCCCCAUCUAGAAGAGCUGCUGUACUGCAUGUAUUGGAGACAACUGUUAUUGGAUGGAUCAAACAAAUCAGAGGAGUUCUUCGCCAUGACCCACAAGCUGAUCUUCUUCAACUGUUUGGUAAAGAGCCUGGACCCUUGGACGAAAUUGUCAUGUGGAAGAAGCACCUGGAGAAGCUACAGUCUUUAGAGUUACAGCUAGAGUCAGAAACAGCCAAAUCUAUUUUACAGAACUUAGAGACAGCCAACAGCCAGUAUGGGCACGCAUUUCACUCAGUUAAAAAAGACAUAACAAAAGCCAAGGCUGAAACUCAGAAAAUCCUCAAGUUUUUUAGCACACUGGAGCCGUGGUACAACAAGCUGCACUCAGACAGUCCCAAAACUAUCAUUAAACAUUUUAAACCUUUGAUGCAUGUAGUUUUUCUUGUUUGGACUCAUUCAACAUACUAUCAUCAGAUAGACAAGUUUCACCAGCUGUUAGGUUUGCUGUCCAAUGAAAUUGUCCACAGAGCUAUCAAAAUGGUCGGAGAUGAUGUUUUAAGAGAGCCUCUUGAGUCUUAUUCCAAGUUAAAAGAGGCACUUAGAUUUUGUGCAGCAUUUCGAGGGACUUAUUUGGAUUUCAAAGAAAAAGGAGAUGAUCAGAAUGCUAAAAAUAUAGCUGAAAAUGCAGAAAUCUUAGCUUCAAGACCAAGGGGAAAUUUGUUCAAGACUAAAAUGUAUGGACCUCAUGCCUACACACCUCGAUAUGGCCUGCGCAAUGUUGAGGGUGCUGGAGAUACAGAUUCCUACAGUGAACUGGAACUUUGGAUGGAUAGUCCUUGGCCAGCCAGAAAUGCACCUUGUUUUGAUUUACUGAACAACUUUAUGGAAAGAUGUAAUGAUGUGCUUGAACUUGUGGAGACGACCCGCCACUUCCGUCUUUUGGCAGUCACAGCAGAAAUUGGUGGAGCUGGAAGCCCAAGCUUGGACUCAAUGGUCAGAGAGCUCCACAACAAGUACUCGCUUGCCAUGAAGGACUUCUUCUCCAAAGUGAGCAAUGUACUCAGCAUUGAUGGCACUCAGCAGUUUGAGUCAGCUUUCUUUAACUUCAGAACAACUGUGAAGGAUCUGGAGAAAAAACUUGCAGAAAUUUUACGUGUUGCUUUUGAUCAGUGCCCUAAUGUACAAGCCCAGCUGCGGCUUCUUGAAGUCUUUGAAGGUAUCAGCGGAAGAGAACUUGUGCAGCAAUAUCUUAAAGACAUUGACAAGACUGUAGUCUUGAAUUUCACUGCAGAACUGGAGCAGGUCAAGGUCAUCUUCCAGGAAAACUCCAUCUCCCCACCAGCUCAUUACAAUAUGCCACAUACCGUCUCCAAGCUUAUGUGGGCUAGGGGUCUGAGAGAAAGAAUUGAGAUUCCAAUGAAAAAAAUGAAGCAUGUGAGCCCACACUCUCUGGAAGGAGACACUGGUUGGCACAUGAGGGACUUGUACACAGACAUCAUUAAAGCUCUAGAUCAGUUUGAGAAUGAAGUGAUCACUAAGUGGCAAUUGAACAUUGAGUCUGAUUUGACCCAGAAACUAAAGGAACCACUCAUGAUUGCUGAGGAGUAUGAUGAAGAAGCAAACCAGCGGCCUCAAGUCAUUCAUGUCAACCUUGACACCAAACUGUUACUUCUACUCAAAGAAAUACAUUACUUAAGUCAAGAACCAUUCAGCCUUCACUUGCCAGGACCAGCUAAAGAGCUUCUCAGGAACACUAACUCUCAGGAACUUAGUGUCACUGCCGCAAGACUGGAAACCAUUGUAUCAAAGUACAAUGCAAUCAUGAGGUCUAUCACAGAGUUUGAGAAGACCAUGUUUGAAAGAAAACUGGAACAGAUAGAUAAACUGCUAGAGCAAGGACUACAUCAAUUGACCUGGAAAAUGAAAGAGUCUGCAGACUUCAUUGAAAUUGCUUACUCCACAGUGUGUCUUGACAUUCAUCAGAACUUAGACAUUGUCCAGACCAAUUGCAGGGAGAUCAUCCAGAUGACCCACUCCUGGUCCAAAGAGAUACUUGAUGUCUUCAGUGCUAGGGAUGAAACACGGUCCUACAUGAUGGAUGAGCUGCUAGUUAUGCAUAAGAAAUUGAUUGAUAGUUUUGAGGCAGUAGUUGCCCCAGCCUCUAGCAGAAUUCACAACUUAAUGAAUGAAUCCUAUGAAGUUGUCCAGAUUUCUCAAGCUUCACCAGCCUGGAGAGAUUAUGUUGACUACAUUGAUGCAAUCAUUUUAGAUGGCCUAAAACUGGCAUGUCUGACAAGCUUGAAAACUAUGUUGAACACAAUGGUGCAAGCCAACCUGGCCGAGGAAAUGUCAGAAGUGACACAUAUUCCCAUUCUGACCAUCAGACUGGAGCUGAUAGAGAACAAUGUUGACUUUCGACCACCUCUUGACCAGUCCACCUCAGUUGUCAGUGUCCAGGAGCUGGUUCAGACUUGGCUGCAAAGUUAUUUGGCUCGAGGGAAAUUAGUCAAGAUGUUAGGACCUAAGGGAUCUUAUGAAGACUAUAUCAGCCAAGAUGAAGAGGUGAAGGAUUUAUUAGUCAACAUCAACCAAAUUGUUAAUGACAACAGUGAGGAAUGCAAGCAACUGUUGGACAUCUUCAAAGAGUACUCCUUCCUAUGGCAACAAGAUGUGAACCAGACAUUCACAGACUUCCUAAAUGGUGUCCUCAGACCAAACCCUAUCCGUGCCAGAAGUGCCCAGAGAAGUAAAGAGGAAAGAGAAGGAAUUCAUCAGGGAAUAAGAUUUGAAAAGCUUUCUUCCAGGACAUCUUCUGCCAGAAGUGCCAUCACAGCAGAGGCUUUGGAAAAUGCAGAGAAACAGUUCUUAGCACCAAAGUCUCAUAAAGGCAAGACGAGUAAUGUCCCCUCCCUUGAUGAGUUUGAUCAGGAGAUAGAUAUUUAUAGAACUGCUAGAGAUGAACUCUCAGAGUUGGAAGACUACCGUAGUGUUGGCUGGAUUAAUGUUGACCUUCAACCAAUCAAACAAGUACUGACGACUUAUGCAGCUAAGUGGAUCUGGACAUUUACAGAGUAUCUCUCUGUGCAGGUGGCUACCUUGUUAGAAAGACUGGAUGUUUUCCUGAAGAGAAUUGAACCAGAAAUUGAGAAGAUCACUGGAGAGGAGAGAGACACAGCCAGCUUUAUGAAGAUGAUGAGACUAUUCAAUGAAGUCUCAGCUCAACAGACUGAAAUGGAGGGUAAAUUUGCUGCAAUGAAUAAAACUGUAGUUCUGCUGAAGAAAUAUGGCCAGGUCCUCCCUGACAAGACCCAGCAUCUAUUUAAUGGGGCACCAUCAAGGUGGAAUAACCUUAAAACCAAAGUGUCUUUAGCCAAGCAAAGACUGGGUCCAAGGAUACAGGAAGAAUCAGUCAGCAUUACAAAGGAUCUAAUGGCUUUUGCUGAAAGAGUUAUGAUUUUGGCAGAUGAUUUGGAAAACUCUGACAUCUAUCAAAGAAACUGUGAUAUCAAUGAGGCACACAGCACUAUUGAUGAGUACAGCAAGAGACUAGCUGUCUUGGAAAGUCAAGCUCAGGAUCUUUUUGAGCUUCAGGAGCUGCUAGAAUCCUCUGUAGUCAACUUUUCUGACCUGCCAAAAUGCAGAAAAGAAUUGAGUAACUUAAAGUUAGUGUGGGAAACAUUCAGAAUCAUAGAUGAGGAGCAGACGAACUGGAAACAGCAGAGGUGGCAGAGAGUUAACACAGCUUACUUGAGAGAGGAGACCAGCAAACAGCUAGAACUCAUCAGGGCCUUGCCAGAUGAAGUCUUCACUUGGGAUGUGUACAUGGGAAUGAACAAGUCCAUCACAACUAUACAGGAAUGUCUUCCGAUUGUGGAGGACCUCAGUAACCAGGCCAUUCGAACCAGGCACUGGAAACAGCUGGUCAGAGUAACUGGUGGUGUCUUCACUGUGGACAAUGACUCUUUGAAAAGGAUGACAUUUGAAGAGCUUCUUAAUCUUGGCUUGCAACAGCAUGUAGAUGAUGUUAGGGCCAUUGUUCUGAGAGCAGUCAAAGACUUGGCUAUUGAGACUGCACUGAAAAAUUAUGAAGAAAUCUGGCUGGCCAAAAUAUUUGAACUAAGGGACCACAUUCAUGUUAAAACAGCUCCUUUCAUGGAAGCCAAUCAGGACAGCCAAAGUGAAAACAGCCAGGGUGAUGCCAAUCUCAUUGGAGCGCCAGUUGGUUCAAGCCCAAAUACAGGAGCAGUGGGCCCAAGUAAAAAUGUACGCGCCAUUAGCCGUACCAGCAAUCAAAGUGGCCACAGCAAGAAUAAAAGGGGAAGUGCUUCCUCUUUGCCCACCUCUCUGCUACAUCUAGGGGAGGACUCUGGAAGCUUAAAGCUCCUAACCAACACUGAUCCAAUCUUCGAUGAGCUGGAACACCACCAGAUCACCUUGCAGGCCAUGCAGUCCAACUCCUCUGCAGGCUCGUUUCAGGAUGAGGUGCUCAAGUGGCAAAAGAAACUUCAGACCAUUGAAGGAGCUCUUCAGAUCUGGCUGGAGGUCCAGGAGAUGUGGGUGGAAAUGGAAGAAGUUUUCCUAAGCAGCGAAGUCCGGCAGGCCAUGCCCCAAGAGGCCCACAAAUUUUCUAAUGUGAACAAGGACUUCAGGCUCCUAAUGAGGGCAACAGAAAAAAAUCCAAAUGUCAUGCAGUGCUGCAAUAGAAAAAACAUUUUUCAAAUUCUGGAACACAUGAGACACAGUCUUGAAGUCUGCCGUAAAGCUCUGCUACACCACCUGGAGAAGCGCAGGCAUAUAUUCCCAAGAUUUUUUUUCCUGUCCAUGGAAGAUGUACUGAGGAUUAUAUGCAAUGGAUAUGACCUCAACUCUGUGAACUUAUACAUUAGUAAGCUGCUACCUAAUGUUGGGUCACUUGUCUUUGAUGAGGCUGAAGACACUGACCAAUUCAACUUUAUUGUCACUGGUGUGCAGAGUGCUCUAGGAGAAACUCUCUCAUUUGGACAGAUAAUCAAUUGUGAUGGUCAGAUAGAGAACUGGAUGAGUAGUGUCUUAAACCAGUUGAAAUCUACCCUUAAGUCUCAGCUUGCAGAUGCCCUGGCUCAAGAGGAUGAGGCUAGGCCAAGAACUAGACAGAUACACAGUGCUGGAGCUAGGAAAGUGUCACUGCCAAUACAAGAUGAUGCCAACAAUGAAAUAGUGCAGAAGCCAAAGAGCUCUCUGAAAAAGUCAACAGCAGCCAUUGAUAAUGAAGUUCAUGGGGAUGUCAAUGAAAAAGUCAGCAACUUACUGAGCCAAGAUCAGGACAAGUCAUGGACUCUUGAUCAUGUGUCUGAAAUAGUCUACCUGGCAACAUGUGUACAAAUGACUGGUCAGAUAAAAGGUGCACUGUCAGACCUAAGAAAUGGAGACAGACAAGCACUAAAUGAAUGUUUGAAGAAGAUUGAACAGAACAUUGAAAACACAGUCUCACUUUUAAAAAGUCUGGAAGAGGAAAGAAAGAAAUUGAAUUCAGAUAAAAAAGAGAAAAAUGAUACUAGAGAUGCUGUGGAAGACCCUGCUCAUCCAUCUCUUGACUUGUUGGAAGUUGGAAGAGAAUCACCAGCACCUGACAUUGCCCAAGAGUCUGAGAAUGAUGAAAAAGCUGAAACCUCCACACUGGCACCAUUAGAUUCCAUGAGCAUGAUUGUGGCACCAACAGAAGUCAAGGACAAUGUCAGAGCUGAAGAGAUCUAUCAGAAGAAAAAAGAGCAAAAGCUGCUGCUCUUUCCUAGUCAGAUUCACAAGUUAACUUCUUUGUUGUCACUGUUUGCACACCUCAGAGAUUUAGUUCAGAGACUUUUAGAAAUCGCCAAGAAUGGAUCACCAGAAGACAGUUUUGAUUGGAAAUGUCAGCUGAUUUAUGAUUUCAAUCUAGCAGAGAAAGUUACUUUAGUUUCAUGUAUGAAUGCCCAAUUUGAAUAUGGAUUUGAAUAUCUGGGGUCCUCCAACAGAGAGGCCAUUUCACCUUUAACAGAGAAAGUUUUCUUGUUGAUCACUCAGGCCAUCAAAGCACAUAUAGGAAUGCUAUGUGUUGGACCCAGAGAAGGAAACAAAUUUGAAGUUGUUCAUGAAAUAUCUAAAUGCCUGGGGCAGCCACUUUACAUGUUCAACUGUGCCCAGACCACAGACUACUCACAACUACAGGACAUCUUCAGAGGACUUGCAGCCACUGGUUGUUGGGUUUGUUUCAAUGAUGUCUCGCACCUCAAACCUGCAUGUAUGAGUUUAUUAGCUCAGUUAGUCUCUGUCAUCAUGGAAGCCUUGAAGUCUGGGAAAACUGUUGUUCAUCUACUGACUGAAGACAUCCAGCUCUCACCAAAUGGAGCCUGCUUUGGACUGAUGGAUUCUGCUGUUCCUGUAAUGCCAAGAAACUCAGAUAAUUUGUUUAUAUAUCCAUCUGCUACUGCCAAACUACCAGACAGCAUACUGAAACAGUUCAGAGUUGUCUCCUUUACCAAGCCUGAUCUUCUACUAUCAUUGGAGGUUUCACUGUUCAGUCAAGGAUUUGUAUAUAGUAAAGAUCUGGCCUGGAAGAUAGUUCAGCUGUAUGAGACCUGUGGAAAUAUGUUUGGAACCAAUACAUUCAUCUCUAACCACAUCAGCUUAGGUUCUACCAGAAAUGCCAGUUUCUAUGGCUGGAGCAUCCAAUCCUUAAAAGGUGUUGUGUCCCUUGCUGGUGCCCGUUUAAGAAAAAGUAUUCUAGAAAACACUAGCAAAGAAGUUGUCACUCAGUCUCAAGAAAAUCAAACAUCCAUUAGUAAGGAAGAUGCAUCAGAAGAGAAACAUUUAGAUUCAAACAGAAAUAUGCAGCACCUUGAGGAGGCUGCAUUAGCCACUGCACUUAGAGACUGUUUCUUGCCCCGCAUGACAUCUCGAGAUGCCAGUGUUUUUGCUACUGCCCUAAAUGACCUCUGGCCUAAGGUUGAGUUGCCAUCAGCAUUAGAAAAAGAGCCAGACACUAAUGCAGAGAGCAAUGAUCACUCACUGACUGCUAAAGACAAUACAAGGAUAAAGUCCUCAAAAAGUGAAACAUCUCAGAAGUCACUGAAAGACACUAUUCGACUAAAUACACCUGUUGUGCCAGUUGGUACUGUUGACAAGUUUUCUCCUAUCCCAAACAUUGAAAACAAACAAGUUUUGGAAGACAUUAAUGAAGCCAUUGCUGUGGCCACUGCUGACCUUGGCCUUCUACCAGGAACUGCUUUCCAAGCAAGAGUCAUGCAGCUUGCUCACCUGAAUGCAGUCCAUCAAUCAAUCCUGGUCGUUGGACCAUCAGGCUGUGGUAAAUCUGAAUGUAUCAAGACAUUUGCUGUUGCUGAAAGGGAGCGUGGGAAAUCUAUCAUUGUCCAGAGUGUGUUCAUCAAAGCCGUGGAAAGUGAGGAACUGAUGGGAUUUUUUUACAGUAAGACAAGAGAAUGGCAUGAUGGUCUACUGACAGCCCUCCUGAGAAAGUUUUGUGUCUCCAGUCCUGUCAAUUUGUCUCAGCCUGUACUGAAAAUUAUGCAGCUAGAUGGAGAAUGUGAUAGUUUUCAAAUGGAAGUGAUUCACACUUUACUUAACCACUCUGGCUCAGUUGUCCUGCCUAAUAAUGAAAGACUCAGCAUUCCAAAUACUGUCAAAUUUAUAUGGGAGUUGGAAAGCCUGGAAAACAUGGCCCCAUCACUGCUAGCUACUGUGGGUGUUUUGGUCAUUAGUCCCUCAGAUGUUGGCUGGAAACUAAUGCUGGUUCAAUGGUUAGAGCACAGAAAUGAACCAGAUAAGGAGCUACUGACAGAACUGACCAACAUUUACAUAGAGACUUUAGUGGACUUUGUGACAGAGUGCACUCAGCCUUUAAUAGCUAACAGAAAAGAGAAACCUAAAGGGAAAGUACCACAGUUUAAGAGGGUUAUUUCCCAUUCCCUUGUCAACAUGGUGAGGACAUUUACAAAUCUAUUAGAGGUUCUGAUCAAUCCUUUUAAUGACUUGACUGAUGUGGAGUAUGAGAGAUACUUUAACUUUGCUGCUGUCUGGGCUUUUGGUGGCACAUUGGCUGAAGAAUGUAGGGAAGAGUUCUCAAACUGGUGGAAAGAGCAGUUCCAGGAUCAUAUAGACUACCCCAGUGAUGGCACAGUGUUUGAUUACAUAGUAGACAAUGAGACUCAUGAGUUUGUCAAGUGGAGUGAGCUGGUCCCAUCUUACACUGGGACACCACACAAAGGAAUCCCUCCAGAUGCAUUUGUUCACACAGUCUACACAGAGCAACUUUUACAUCUGUUGGGUCUCUUGACUGAUGCUGGCAGGCCAGUCAUGCUGGUUGGAGAGAGUGGCUGUGGUAAAACAGCUAUUAUCAAUGAGAGAAUCAGGACUAUUUGUUCUGGGGAAGUGGCUGAGGUAUUGUCACUCACGGUCUAUGCCAACAGGUUCACCAAUGCCCGUCUGCUGUUUGAUAGAAUAGAUGAGAGGCUGGAGUGGAAACAUGGCCGGACAUUUGUCCCACGUGGCAACAAGAGAAUGCUUUGUCUGAUUGAUGACAUUAAUCUAUCUCAGACUGACAAGUAUGGUUUCCAGACUGCCUGUGAACUUAUCAGGGAACACUUGGAUGAUGGAGGAUUUUACAGUCCUACCAACCACACCUGGAGAUAUGUGAAGAGCUUCACCUAUGUCACUUCAGUCAACCCCAAGCCCACUGCGGAUGUACCUCCGGUGAGCCAGAGACUUCUGAGACACUUUGCUGUCUUUGGAUGUCCCAGUCCAAGAUCUGCAGAUCUCCAGACAAUAUACAGCACCUUGUUGUCCACCCACUUCUUCACCCCAGAGAAUAUCACAGCCGCUGCCCAGCACAGUGGAGCACAUGAAGAGAAAGUUCAGGUCACGGUGAGGUUUGAAGAGGAGUCUCUGAGGAGGACUGUUCACUCCAUUGUCAAGGUCACUGUGGAGCUCUCUGAGAGGAUGAGGACCAUGUUCCUACCAACCUCCCAGCGAUGUCAUUAUGUUUUCACUAGAGACCUAGGAACCAUCUUUAGAAAUCUGUGUCUGUCUCUUCAACCUGGAUGUAACAAAAGAAAUCUGCUGUUACUAUGGCAACAUGAAUGUUUCUGGGUGUAUGGCAAGAGGAUGGUGAAUGAGGUAGACUUCAGGCGGUUCAGACAGGCUUUCAUCACUGCAGUCAGGAAACAGUUCAUUGAUGAUGACCAGGUCCAGUCAAUCAUAAAGCCACGCCCUCCUCUGUUUUCUAACUUGAUAGAACAAGACAGUGGAUUGGUUACUGCAGGGAUGAUUGAUGCCCGCAGUGUGGCCACUGUUUCUGAGGAGGAUGCAAAGACUGACCUGUACCGCCCAGCUAAAUCUUAUGCAGCAGUGAAAGAGCUAUUAGAAAAAGGACUUGAGGAAUACAACAAGAUUCAUCCCCAGAUCAAACUAUCUCUCUACAAGAGUGUGAUUGAACAAGUCUGUAGACUGGCCAGGACCGUAGCCUCGCCACAUGAAGGUGCAAACACUGUAAUGGUGGCAGAAGGCUGCCCAGCUAGAUGUUCCAUCAUUGCCAGGCUGGCUGCUCACCUGUGUGACUUCAGUAUUUUUCAGAUCAGCACUACCCACCCCCAGCAGUCAUUGGCUGAAAAAAUGAGUCAGUUCCAGGCAGACCUGGUCUCUGGUUAUACCAGAUCUGGGACAAGAGGGGAGAAAAUUGUGUUGCUCCUCAGAGAGGAGGAACUGGCAGACUUUGACUACUUGAUCUAUCUGACUGAGUUUAUUGUGUCAGGGUCAAUAACUCACUUGUUCAGCCAAGAGGAGCAGACAACUAUAAUCAACUCCAUCAGGACUGAGGUAACACAGGCAGGUUUGACUUAUACCAGAGAUGUGGCUUGGGACUUUUUCUUGAGAACUGUUCGAAACAACUUUAGAGUAAUCUUGAUAGCUUGCGGUGGAGUCAAAGAGUUCCAGCACAUGUGUAGGGAGUACCCAGCUUUUACAAAGAAUGUCAACUUCAUUUGGUUCCCACACUGGUCCAAGUCACAGCUCAUAGAGCAUGCAUUAUAUCACUUGAGUGCUUUGACCAACAUGACAGAUGUCCAGAAAGAGAAUGUUGCCCACAUGUUGGCCUCAAUGCACCUAGUAUUGAGACAACAAGAUGGUGGAGAAAAAACACCUGGAGAGUAUGGUCAUGUGACCAACACUAGCUAUGUUAAAUUUGUACUCAGAUUCAUCUCCCUGGCUAAAGAGCGCUAUGAGGAAGUGGAAAGCACCCACGAUGCUGUGACCACAACCCUGAAACAGAUCAGCCAUGAGAACGAGCUGGCCAACAAGUUGAAGAAACAAUUGGAGCAUGAGAAAAUAGUUCUCGAGGAACGCAAAGCUGGUACUAUCAAGAUAUUAAGUCAAAUAGGUCAGGAUACAGCUAUCACUGAACAGCAGGUCAAAGUUGUGAAGAAUCAAAUGGAAAAGAUAACUAUUUUAAAAAAGAGGCUGCCAGAGUACCAAGUGGCCCAUGAGCGGUCUGUGUACAAAGCCAUAGCAAUAAUAGCAGACACCAAGAAAGUUGUGAAACUGAUGGACAUCGAUGAGCUGUCUGAGCUUAGAGGCAUGCAGAAGCCAUCUCCAGACAUUGAAGACCUCAUGUCUACCAUCAUCAUGUUGUUAAAAUCACCCAGUGCUGAUCUCACUUGGCAAAAGGGAGCUAAAAGAUUGAUGGCAAAUCUAGAAAGAUUUAUUGAAGAAUUGACUACAUUUGAUGACUAUGACCUCCCAGAGUCCACUCUAGUCCUUGUUGAGCCAUAUUUGAAGAAGCCUUCCUUUGAUCCUGAAGUCAUUGCUCAAAAGAGUGGCAACUCAGCCUGUGGCGCCCUGUGCAGAUGGGUCAGAGGAGUUGUUGGCUACCAUAGGAUCAUGAUAUCUAAAGUGAAGCCACUGCACCAGAAAGUAGAGGAGACAACUCAGGCUGUGGAUACAGCUCAGCACAAAAUGAACACACUAGAGAACAAAAGAAAAGCUUUAGAAGUUAGACUCUCAGAUUUGGCCAGAGCCUUUGAAGAGGCAACAAUAGACAAGAAUGAGCAAGAAGAGAAGACAAUCAGAAUGAAGAAAAUGCUGGACACUGCUGGGGAACUAAGGAGAAUACUGAGUGGAGAGAGAACCAGAUGCACACAAAUAUUUGACUGCUAUGAGAGAAGACUGGAGUCAGUUCCUGGGGGAUGUGCCAUGGCGGCUGCCUUUGUGACCUACCUGGGACCUUAUCAUCACAGCUUCAGGAGACUUAUGCUGAUUGUGCAGUGGCCAAUGUGUUUGAAAGAGAGAGGCAUUCCCCUGGUCAUAGACAGUAUCGACGGGCUCAGAGGUUGUGUCUGUGAUUGGUCCAUCCCACAGUUGAGAACUGCAUCAGGGGCCAGUAAUUUGUAUGGAUUUGAAAUUGAUUAUUCUGCAGUACUGAGUCAGCCCCAAGAGACAGAGUUGAAAAGUCAGGUGCACCAGGAAAGUGACCAGGAAGCAAUUGAGAAAGAUGAUGAGGAGAAGGAAGCCGAUGAAUCUGAGGAUAGACAGAAGGAAGACAUUGAAGAGGAAAAGUCUGAAGUUGAACAGAACAAAACCACUGAAGAUUUGGAUAACAAGCUGACUGUGGGGGAGGAUGUAUCAGCUGACAAAAAGGAUCAGGAACAAAGAAAGUCACCAGCUCAGUCCAAUAAAAUGGAACAAGAACCUAAAAAUGAGGACAAAGUUCAGAUGUCAGAUGAUCAAGGUGAAGGUGAAGAAGAAAAUGCCAGUGAGGCACCCAAUGUAGAAGAGGGUCUGUCCAUUGGCCAGUACAACAAGUAUGUCAGGUCCCUUAUUAAACUCUUGAUUGGAGAGUCUGUCAUCAAUGACUGGAUUGUGAGAGACUUUGGUCCCUUGCAAAUAGAGAAUGCUGCCAUACUGUGUUCUAGUUGGCAGAGGCCACCAUUAAUGAUUGAUCCAAAUGACGAGGCUUCUUACUGGCUGGGAAGUUUGAACAAACUCAUGAACAAAAAUAAACUCAUAUCACUUGACAUGGAGCACAAAUCUGAACCACAUGUGAUGUCAUCUUUGGAAAAGGCCAUUACCAAAGGGAGACCAGUAUUGCUAAAGAACCUCUCAGAUGCUAUUGAUAAUACUAUUAUGCCUCUUGUGCAUCACAGAAACACUUCAGAAGACCAGAACUUUGAAGAUGAGCCAAGGAUGAUUCUGUUUUGUGGUCGCCGCAUACUCUGCCAUCCCAACUUCCGCUGCUAUCUCUCCACCCAUCUGUCAAAACCAAAGUUCAACCCAGUCACAGCAUCAAGUGUCACCUUAAUCAACUUUGGCGUUUCACAUGACACUCUGACAGAGGACCUGCUAACCCGGCUCUUUGCCCGCAUCAGGCCUGAUCUGUUUGCUGAAAGGAAAAGGGCCCUUAAGAAUCUGCAGCUUCAAAAGAAUACACUUUAUAGAUUUUCAGAAAUUGUCAAGGACCAGGUUCUAGCAGGUGGUCAAGAAGCAAUGCUCAGUUCCCCCAAAGCUUUACAGUUCAUCACCAACAUAACAGAAGCCAAAUUACAGCUUGCAAGAGAGCUUGCUAAGACUCAAGAGAUUUUAGAUGACCUAGACAUACUGAAAGAUGAAUUUUACCCAGUAGCACGCAGGGCAUCUCUGAUGUUCUCUCUCAUGCGCUCCUUGGAGGUAAUUUACCCAGAGUACAAGUUUACCCUGAAGUACUUCCUGGAGCUGUUUGAUGAAGCUGUGGGUGGGGAGUUUCCAGCAGAGUUCUUUAGUGAGGAGCAGUCUGAGGUUGAAGAAGAAGAUGUAGACUCCAUUGAAGACAAUGAUAAAAGGAAAAGAAUUGGAAGCGUGGGAUCUCAGACUUCAAACAAAGAAAAAAAUAAUGGUGACAAUCCAACUGAGGAUAAUGAAGCAGAAGCUUAUGGAGAGAAAAAUAGUGAGAGGCAGGAGCCCACUGAAACAGAAGGUUCAAUAAGUACAGGUGCAAUCCAAAAACUGGUGCAUGGAUCAGAGUCAGAUGAUCUUCCCCCAAUCGAGAUGCCAGAUACUGUGUCCUUACCAUCAGUUGGUGUAGAAUACAGUAGCUAUACAGAUAUCAAAGUCCAGCAGUUGAUGGACAGCAUGACUGGACUGAUUUAUCAUAGAAUCAAGAUGAGUAUGCUUGAAGAAGACCUACUUUUGUUCUCUACUAUGAUGUGUCUGCACAUCAAGUCUGAGCUAGGGGAAGAUAUCACCAGUGAUGAAAUAUCUAUGUUUUUCAUUGGAAACCCUGGUCUUGAAAUGCAGCUAACCUUGUCAGAUUUUGACUGCAAUGCUGAUGUGCCAGCUUGGUUGUCUAAAGAAAAAUGGGAGGACAUUUUGGCUCUUUCUGUCCUUCCUGGUCCGUUGGAUAGCUUCUGUGCAGAGUUUGCCACCAACUCAGAGCAGUGGAAGGAGUGGUAUCAAAGUUCUUACCCAGAAAAACAACAACUUCCUGUAUUUGUAAAGAAAACUGAGAAAAUGUUGGAUGAAAAAAUAGAUGAAGAAACAGAAAAAAGAAAAGUGAAUCAGAGCAGAGCUGAUGAAUCUGGUAACCUCAAUGAUUUUCAUAAGCUUCUUCUACUAAGAUUGUUAAGGCCAGAUCGUAUCCCAACAGCACUUACUGCUUACACUCAGCGCCAUCUGAACAAGUUUAACAAAGUUAAAUCUUCCAGCAUCAAUGAAGUUGUAUCUGACGCUAGGAAACUAUGGGGUGUCCUGAUUCUUCUCCCCCAGUCUAUUGACACUACAUCUGGCCAUCCAGCAUCCAGACUCAAACUGACCUUGUCACCUGUUGAUAAACUAGUGCAGCUAGCAAAGUCUGCCAACGUUCCUGUCCAGCAUGCUCUGUUCACUGAAGGCUCUGGAGUCUCCAUAGAGGAGAUGCUUGAUGCAGCUGAGAAGAACAACAGCUGGGCCAUUAUUGAGUGUGUUCACUUAGCAUCACAGCAGAUGAUAACAAAAUUGAUGCUCCAGCUUCAGAGAAUCCACAACAGCAGAGUUUCAGAAAAAAAUGGAGAAGGAAGUAACUUUUGUGUUUGGCUAACAGCUCAAACUAACAGUGGUUUGCCCCUUGUAUUGAUUGAGAAUUUGUUCAAGAUUUCUUGGAAUGCUUUGACAUCAUCUGCUGAGCCAAAAAUAUUUGAGGAAUCUAACACUGAGACUAAAGGAGCAGAGAAAAGUAUGACACAGUUCAGUCCCUUGUGUCCUGAAACCUAUUUAAAGACAGCCAUUGUUUCUACAUUAUGUCAAAUCUCUGAGUCCUACAAACAACUGACUGAACAGUUUUCCAAAGUGAAUAAGACUUUGGUCUAUGGUGUAGCCCUCAUACACAGCAUCCUCAUGGCUCGACAACUCUAUGGAAGUGUGGGUUUGGCUCGAUGGCAUCCAUUCUCAGUAACCCAGCUCAACAAUGCAUUAGAUGUCAUUACAUCAGAUGUUUUGAGAUCAACUGGACAAUCAGAACCUUCUUUGCAGGAUCUUUGUCAUGCUGUACCUGCAAUUUAUUGUGCAAUGAUAUCUGAUGAACAAGACCAGAUAUACAUCAACACAUUGUGUAGGAAUAUCCUAACUGCUGUCUACAAAAAUCCCCAAUCUAAGAUUCAGCUAGGUUCUGCCUUGAUUCCUGUGCCACCAAGUACUAUAGAUGUGAUAGAAAUGGCUGACUGGUUUGAACAAUAUGUGAAUGAAGAAAUCAAUCUCUCUGUCUUACAGCUCAGCACAUCAAUAGAAAAAGCAACCAAUGAGUCAAGCUCGGCCAAAUUUUUGUCAAGGCUAGAGCUUCUUGCAGAGACUCACAACUUGGACUCAGGUGUGGCACCAUCUGCUUCCACCUCCAAUAUUGAUGUGGCCAAGUUGCGAUCAGCAUUAGAUAUCUGUCAGGAGAGGUUGCCACCACUGCUAGAGCUUGGGGAUGUUCCGCAGCUGAUGAAAGCCGAGUACGACUUUCCUUAUCAUCCACCUAGCAUUAUAAGCAUGAGCAGCGCAGAGAGUUCUUUAAUGCCAGAGAGUGUUGGUUAUGUACUUCUACAGGAAUGUCUGUGGAUGAACACUGUCCUCUGUCACAUCAGACAAGAGAUCCAUAACUUAGAUGGUAAUCUCCUUGGAGGCUCUGGGGCACUGCCUAAGAGGUUGCUGCCAACUGUGCUGUGUUUGCAGGAAGAGUUUGUGCCUGUCAACUGGAUACACCCCAACACUCAGCCUUGUACACAUUCUCUGACUUCAUGGCUUGAUGACCUGAAUAAGAGACAUCAGCAGCUCAACAGAUGGGUGAGGAGGAGCAUGGUGCCCAAAUUUGUGGAUGGACAAAUGACAGAGAACUGUACAGUGGCCAGGGGUCAUCUGACCACAGUCUGGCUGGGAGGUCUGGUCAACCCUCAAGCACUUCUGACUGCUUUGAGACAGGAGAAGGCCAUUCUUUCAGGAGUCAGUCUCCAUGAUGUGUAUUAUCAGUGUAUUGUACUGACUGAAGUUGAUCAAGAUGAGUUUGACAUUGAUGAAGCUGGGCUGUUAGUUUCUGAUCUAUAUUUAGAAAAUGCUGCAUGGGACUAUCAAGCCAAAACCCUAGCCAAUGCAAGAGAUGCUCCACUGACUUGUUUGAAGUGUGUAUAUCUCAAGCCUGCCAUCAAAUCUGACAUAGAAAUGAAUAAAGCUGAAAUUCAGCAAUCAGAUUCUACAGGAGUUUGUGAACUUCCUGUCUUCAUAAAUAAGAGUCGUCAGAUUCAAAUUUGUUCACUGCCAGUUCAUUGCUCAAGUUCGUCAGACAAUUGGAUUUUAAAACAAGCAGCAUUUGUACUAGAUCCAGGUCUCCCAGAAGGCGGCAGUAAAAAGUCAAGAGCUUAUUUAAUGCUGCAGCGUUUCCCAGUCAUCCGAGUGGAGCCAGAAGGUGAGGGUGUUGAGGAGGAGAAAGAGGAAGCAGAGGAUGAGAGCAGUGAGGCUUCUGCCAGGUCUCAGCUGUCCUACAAGCCAAUGUCACCCAAAGCCCCUCCUUUACCGGAAUCACUUUCACUGAAGAGGGAGCCACCGAUAUUCAAAGAUGACCCUGAGAUGAAUGAGGGAAACAUUGAGGCUGAAACUACAUCCAACCUGGACCCUACAGCGAUGAAUCCUUUACUUGAAGAAAAAAGUGCAGCAUCAGCUGAGAAAAGACGCUCUGCUGUUAGUACUCAACAAAGUCAGCAGGACACAAAUCCAGCCAGUCAUUCUCCAACAACUUCUUCACUGCACCAAGUAUCAGCCAGCAAAUCACCCAGACUCGUAGACAAGGAGUUGGAAGAUUCUGCUGAAAUCGAGAAAAAAGAACACCUGAAAGAGCUUGAAAGAAGGGAAGAUUCAGCAGAUGGGGGAGAGGCAGCUAAAAAUGUUAAGCUCGCAGAAGAGGAAGGUGAAAUUGAAAAUGAUGAAGAAGAAGGUGAGGACUAUGAUGGUGAUGAAAUUGAUGGUGAGGAAGAAGAUGAAGAGGUUGAUGAUAAUGGAGAAGAAGAUGACUUGGAAGAUGAUGAUGUCGAGGAAGAUGAUGGUGGAGAAGAUGAUGAUGUCGAGGAAGAUGAUGGUGGAGAAGAGGAUGACAAAGAUGUAGAGGAAAAAGAUAAUUAAUUCCUUUGCUUGAAUACACAUCAACAAUUUACUCUUCUGACACAAUUUAGAUCUAGGAGUCAAACAUACAGAAACCAAUGAUUUACAUAUGAAUGUGUGGAUCCACAUAGCAAAGCAUAUCCUCUUAAACAUACAACAUUUGCAUUGAUUGCAAGAUUGUAACUGGUCUUUAAAACAAAAUUUUAAAAAAAUUAUCUACUGAGAUGUACUAUCAAAAAUAACAGUUACUACAGAUUUAAAGCAUAAUUAUGAAAGCUUGUAAAAGUAUUUCAUUUAUUGUCCUGCUAAUCAUUAACUCUUAAAUCCAACUAAGUGUUAUAUUUUUUAAAAUUGUAUUUGUUUUUUUUUUUAAUAGACCUCUUCUUAUGUCUCCUGUCUAUGGAAAAAAAACAAAUCACAAAGACAAAAAUAUCUGAAAAAUGUUUGGUUUUUAAUUGAUAAGUUACGUUUCAAAUAUGCUCAGAUCUUUUUUAAUGUUGUGAUUAAGUGACCUGAGAUCAGUAUUAUGGCACUUAAAUAUUAUGCAGCAUUGAUAUCUGCAAUAUUCGUGCAGUAUUAAAAUUUAUAAAUGUUUGUUAGAAAGCUUUUUUCUUCUAUUUUUUUAUAUCUUCUGUGACAAAACUUUUUUGAAAGAAAUGUUUUGUAUUUUUCCUUUUAUUUUCACUAAUACCUCUAUUUCUCUAAUACAUUUGAUGAAUUUUUUGAGUGGGUGGGCUUACAAAUCAGGGUGGAACAGAUCUGAAAUAGGGCUCUAAUCAUUUUAUUAGAAAUUUGAUAGUUGAUGAAUAUUGUUGGAAAAGAAUUACAAGAUUGUUGGCCACACUGGGAAAACUUUAGUUUUGAUCUUUAAAAUUUUUCUAAGUAUAGAAAUAAAUUGGCUAGAGAACUAGAAAAUAUUUAUCUUUAAUGGACAAUUUGUGUGAGUAUUUCUGCAUUUAUUCCAGAGUUAAAUUAAUGUUUAGGGCCAUUUUGUGCAUUGUCUUUUAAGUGUACAUCCAGAGACCUAUCAUUAGAAUAGUAUAAAGUUGAAUAGGAAGACAGAGGAAGGGAUGGGAGGACAUCAAAGAAUGCACAGGCCUGUCAUUGAAUGAAAUUCUAUCCAAGGCAAAGGACAGAGGAAUGGAGAAAGACAGUUGACAGAUCUUGUGUGGUGCCCCAACGGUUCAACUGACUAAUGAAUAGGUCAUGGUGAUACAUUAGCUUAACCAGGAUUCUUGCUGGGAGUGGGCAAGGUUAAAAUGUUCCUUUUUUAUCAGUCAUUAAGAGAAAAAUAAUGACUCUAUAAUGUUUUCUUUGUUAUUGAAGACAACUUGUAGCUUCCUAACAAUUUACUGAUUGAAUCAUGAAGAAAAGCAUUAUGUGAUUAAUAUUGAUUGUGUAAUAUAAAUUAUAGAAUUGUUGUCAUUUUAAAUGAGAUAUAAUAGGUGGUUGUACUGUGAUUGAAUUGAAUCUAAAAAUAAUAUUCAUUGUAAAUAAUUUAUUUACUAAAAAAAAACUGCUCAGAAGCUUCACUUGUUACAAGCAAAAAUGAUAAAUUAACAAUUAAAAACUCUUUACUAAGCAUUUGUGAGAUUUGGAGUUUUUAUAAGUAGAGAGUAAGUAUUUUUUUCAUUUCUAUGCAUUGUUAAUAAAGCAUUAUUGAUGAACACUUUUUUUAAUGCUAAAUUAGAUGUAAUCUAAUAAGUUGUUUUCUAUGUAAAACUUCCUUUUAUCAAUAACCGUCCAUAUUUUGUUGACAAAGAUUUUUUUGAUAUAUUUAUAAUGCUCAACUUUGUUAGGCUGAUACAUUCCAUAAAUAUUGUGAUAUACCAAUGUUGCUGCUAUUGUUUAUCUUGUAUUGAAAUAUUGAUGUAUGGUUCUGCUCAAGACUAUAUAGGAUUAGAGGAUUAUUGUUUUAGACACAUUAUAGAUAGAAAUUGUUUUUACCAACAAAAUUGUCUUGUUCAAGUCCUAAAAUAUCAUAAAUCUUAUAAUUCAUGAAAAUAUGUUGAUGUAUUCAUAUAUGCUGAUGUAUUCAUAUAUGCAUAACACUUUGGAAUCUCAUAAUGAUAGUAAAAAGCCAUUUUUAAAGUCUUUUUUCAUUUCUCUGCAUUGUAAAUGAAACAAUAUAGAUGAAUACUUGUUUUAAUCCUAAUAUAGAUGUAAUCUAACAGGUUAUUUUGCAUAUAAAACUUCCUAUUGUUAAUAAUGAUAGUAAAAAGCCAUUUUUAAAGUCUGGAGAUAAAGGAAGCAUGCUGUAUCUCCUAGAUCACAAUGGACUUUUUUAUUUUCAUGUCAGGUUGUGAUUUUAUUUUUGUAAGCAUUUCUUUUGCUUAAGUACAUAGAUUUAUUUUUACAUGUAUCCAUUCCAUGUUCAUAUAUAUAUAUAUUUUUUAUUUUCAAUGUAAAU